CUGUCAUGCGCCUUCGUCGUCGUCCUCGACCUCAUCCACUGAAGUCUGACCUGUUUGCAUCGCGUUCUUCCUCCUUGUUCGCGGGCUUUCCGCAACCUCUCUGACCGAUUAUGGUCACUCUUCUUCGGCCCUGAUCAUAUGCUCUAGCAACGCUCUUGCUCCUUACCAGAACGGAGAUGUCUUCCGAUCGCGAUGCCACUGAGCAGCCACCAACCACUCCCGGCGACGACAGCACCACUGACCCAGCACUGUCCGAUAUCUUGAGGAAGGUUCCCGCGCCAGCGCCGCCACCGGAGGGCGCGAUCCCCUCACCCCGCCUCACGCAGAUCGUCCCGAACCUGUACCUCGGCGACCUCCCCACUGCACAGAAUGUGGAGCUGCUCAAGACGCACAAGAUCUACAGCGUGUUCACCGCGAUGCGCGGGCGAGUGCGCAUCAACGAGACGUUCCUCCGGCACCAAAUUCUCCUAGACGACGAUGAGCAGUCCGACAUUCUUACCCACUUCCUCCCCUCCAUCUCUUUUAUACAGUCCGAGUUGGAUAAGGGGCGCGGGGUUCUGGUGCACUGCGUUGCUGGCAUGAGCCGCUCCGUGACAAUCGUAGCAGCGUACCUCAUGUACACAUACAAGCUCAGGCCUGGCGAGGCGAUUGAGAUCAUUCGUCAUCGCAGAGAGGGCGCGGUCGAGGUGGCCCCCAACCCUGGCUUCCUAUACCAGCUUGAAGUCUUUCAUGCUGCGUCCUUCUCCCCCUCACGCAAGAGCAAAGCCGUUAGGCAAUUCUACACCCAGCGCGUCAUGGAAGAUGUGAUGAACGGCGAUGGCGGGCCUCCGGAGACUGAGAUGUUCGCCUCCUUCCCGCGUACCCCCGCCGACUCCGUACCCCCCACUCCUGGCGGACGCGCCACCAAGGGUCCUCGCCGCCGCAUCCGCUGCAAGAUGUGCCGCCAGGAGCUCGCCGCGCGCGAACACAUGUACGACCACGGGAAUAUCGGGCCCGCCACACCCGUGGGGCAGACACCCGCGGCGUCGCGGCGACCCUCCACUACCGGCGCGCGCGGGAGCCUCCUGUCGAAUAUGAGCAUGACGGCGGCGGGACCGAGCGAGCAGAAGGCGAAUGGUAGUCAGCCAGCGUCCAGGAGGUCGAGUAUGGGAGGCGGCAGGCGGGGAAGCCAGCUACAGAACAUGGGCUUUGGGAUGAGCUCGUUGGACGCGGAGAAGGCGAAGGAAGCGGUCAAUGGGGAGAGUGCGCUGGAUACGGACGAGGACGAUUCCUCCCCGGAGCGCAAUUUGCCCGCGGACGUGAAGAAGGCCGUUCGCGGGAUGGAGGACAGGGGAACGGCGCUCCAAGACGACAGCGCCGUAGCGGAUGACGACGAAGACGACGAAGCGCUCGCACGAGCCCACGAGGAGGCACGGCGACUAGGCCGGCGGAUGAGCGAGGCGAUGGAAGGAGCAGCAGGAUCCGACGAACGCGAGAAGGUCACCCAAAUUACGCGCGAGCAGACGGACAAGGACAAGUCACCGCCUGCUACCCCAGCAACGUUGUUUUCGCCCAGCGACCUUGCGGCGCGGCUGAAUGAGAACCCCAAGCUCUCCGCCCUCCGACAAGAGAGUUUCGGGGGAGCAUCAUCGCCAGGCGGGCGAACGUCGGUAUCAAGCCCACCCAUCCUCAUGAACCCGAAGUGCUCAGGGUACUUCGUGGAACCAAUGAAGUGGAUGGACCACUUCCUCGAGAACGGCGAGAUCGCAGGCAAGAUAACCUGCCCGAAUCCAAAGUGUCGGGCCAAGUUGGGCAAUUACGACUGGGCGGGCGUGCAAUGUGGCUGCAAGGAAUGGGUGACUCCGGGCUUCUGCAUAAACCGUUCCAAGGUGGACGAGAUCGUCAUAUAAACACUCGUCCUUCUCGGGACUGCAAACUUGCGCCGGCUAUCUGUCUCUAGCUCGGGUAGGCGUUGCCUAUCUGGCUUGCAGGCAUGGCGUAUGACCAUCGCCGCAGAGCAGAUGUCAGUCCCAGGUGGCGCAAGGUUGACCUUCCAUUCUAUUACCUGUUGUUACCUGUUUUGACUGCAUGCGCACGUGCUGGACCUGUACGUCCUACUCAUUGUACCCUCCUACAAUAUCUCUCCGCUUCAGUCGCUAAGAUAGCGAUAUCUCGAGGCUCGCCCGAAUACUCCUGUGAGUGCUUGAG